AUGGUUUGGUCCAGAGCUCUCUUUGCGCGGCAAGAUAAUGGCGGCUCUGUGCCCACUGUGUGCUUUGCUCCCUGCAACGAUGCUUUGGCAAUUGCUUCCGCCGAAGGAUUGAGGAGCCCAUUAUGUGCUCCCGAUUCUUCUUUCCUUAAGGCCCUUGAAUCUUGUAGCGAUUGCAUCAAGGCGCAUGGCUCCGAUCCCAAAGGUGGCACAAUGAAUAUCUCACCAUUGCUGCCAUACCUAAAUCUCUGCCAUCUGCUUUCGUAUUCCACGUUGACAUAUACGUCGACGAAUGGCCAAAUAACGACAAUUGUGUAUCUCCUACCGACGAACAAUGCGGCAACGGCCACUGCAUCAUCAAGGACAACCACAACAAGCAAGAAGACGUCAAGGGCUACAACACCCAGCAAAACUUCUACUUUGGCAACCCAGACUUCUCUUGCCCCCCAGAAUGCGGCUUCGAGCCCAUCUGUUUCAGCUACGCCACCAAGCCACGCCUGGAUAGCAGGUCCUGUUGUCGGUUCCAUUGUCGGACUCGCCAUCGUGCUUGGCGUUUUAUUCUACUUGUGGCAGCGGCGGCAUAGGCUAUCCAAACCUGAUACUUUUGAUCCCAUGUACGAUAAAGCUCAGUUGCAUUCCGAUUGUAUACCCAAGCCCGAGCUUGAUGCACAAGCAAACGCGAUUCAUGAAUUGGAUGCACAGCCGGCACCACCAAGAGCUGAAAUGCCGGUAAACGAGGCUUCUGCAGCAGAGUUGCAGACAAGAAAUGAGACAGAGUCGGUAGCUGCUGAUGAAUUGCGACACCAAGCCUCCGUUGUCGCUAGUUCAGCUGUAUCUGAAACUAGCAGUAGAUCGAAUACGAAAGCAAUAACUCGCAAGCCGAUUCGAACCUGA